AUGGAUUCACAAGAGCCUUCGGAGGAAAAGAAAAUUGCAAAUGCAUUAAUUAAUUCAGAUACCAUUCCACUUGACUUACAACCACCAUCCUCACCAUCAGUUUCGUCGCCGAUGACAUCCACCAGAAGCAAUCUAGAAACCCUGAGUCCAUUAAAUACCAAUACAUCUUUAAACCCCCGUCAGAAAAGGGCGUCUUUGGCUUGUAUAAGAUGUCGAACACGUCAUAUUCGGUGUCCUGGAGGUGACCCCUGUAGGAAAUGUCAAUUGGCAAAAUCGAAAUGUGAAUAUGUUGAAGCCGACAAAAAAAUUGUUGUAUCAAUGAAGUAUCUUUCCAAACUACAUGACGAAAUAGCAAGAUUGAAAAAAGAUAAUGCUGGAUUAAGAAAUAAUUUAAAAGAACAAGAAUUGAAACGGGUUGACGCACAACAGGGAAGACCCCAAUUUGCAAAUACAACACCAGCCAACCGAGUUUCUCCCCUAUCCAUGGCUUCGAAUGUAAUGGGGUCCCAGAACUUUUCUCAACCACAUUCCCAAACACCUCAAACAAUACCUUCGUCCUUAACACAAACACCAUUAGCAAAUGGAGAAGUGAUUCAUCCGUCGUUGGAUAAAUACGGAAGAUUAAUUCAGUCACGUACAGGUGAAAAAGUAUAUGUUGGGUCAUCAUCUAUGACGUUGUUCGGAUUGGAAAUUCAGAAUAUGGUCCCAUCAUUUGUUUCAAGCUCGCUUCUACUGAACACAAGUUCUUCUACCACCCCAGCUCCAUCACCCAGUAGUAGUGAUCAAACACUUCCACCGCCACCAACACAACAACAACAACUGCACCAAUUACCAAACAAUUCAUCACCCAAACAAGAACAUUACCAGGGAAAAAGAGAAUCCAAGAUUUUAGAGAAAGAGGGUAACGCCUACAAGAUUACUUUAUCCAAAACCAAAACGAGACCAGGAUUGUCGAUUAACUUUGAACUACCGUCGUACUCUUAUGCGAUGUUAUUGGUUGAUACAUUUAUCAAUUACAAUGACGGAUGCUUUUAUUUUUUCAAUGAAGGGUUAAUCAAGCGAUUUCUAAUGAACUUGUACUCUGGUAAGGCAGUUGAAAACAAACGAAUAUUACGACGCAAUACUCUCCAAACAAAAAGUCCCGAUCAGGAUGAAAAUACUAUCAAAAAAGAUACUGAUGAUGAGACGAUUCUAGAAACCAUUUGGUUUUGCAAAAUCUUACUUAUAUUUGCCAUUGGGGAAAUGUACUUGGGGACAGAAUCCAGCACACAUGCCCGAAGACAAAAAUUGGAGAAUAUGAAACGUAGCAAAGAAAAGCGGGAAAAACAUGCAUUACCUGGCUCAGCAUUUUUCUAUCAAGCUUCAGAAUUAUUUACUGGUCUUUUUGCUUCGGGUGCUAUUGAUAAUAUCACCAAAGAUGGUGGUAUCGAAGUCAUGCUUCUAUAUGCAUUUUAUUUGCAAGUGGCUGAUUGUACAAUAGCAUCGUAUUUUUAUUUUGGGUUAGCCUUGAGAGCAGCAUUGAUUUUGGGCUGGCAUGUUGAUGCAGACAAAGAGAAUUUGAAUCGAUUUGAAUUGGAACAUAGAAGAAGGAUAUGGUGGACUGUGUACAUGUAUGAACGAAUGCUAUCAUCGAAAGCCGGAUUACCCUUGAGUUUUGCUGACGAUUCAGUAUCAACUGAAUUACCAAUUGAUUUCAAAAUUGAUUUGACAGAUUUCCCUAGAGAUGAACACGAUGUUAGAGGGUAUUAUAUUUUCCCACCAGCAGACUAUAUUAACAAUUGUGUCACGAUUACCCAAAUAAAUGCGGUUAUUUUGUCAUCGUUGUAUACCAAACAACCGUCUUUCAACAUUUUGCCGGUGGUUACUGAUUUGGUUCAAAGGUUAAUGGCAUGGAAAACAUCUUUACCUAAAUAUCUUGAUGUUGAUUAUUCAGUUGAUAAUCCUAAAGUAUCACGAUUAGUGACCAACUUAAUGACAGAAUAUUUCCAAGGGAUUAAUUUAGCGGUGCGUCCAUUAUUAUUUCAUUUUGCAACUAAGAAAUUGAAAGAAUUGCAAAUGCAAAAUACUCAAAAUAAGUAUAUUGAUUUGACAAAAUAUUCAAAGAACGUUUUAACAUUAUUGAAUGCAUCAUUCCAGGCGUCAAUAAACACUAUCAAAAGUAUAUGGUCUCUUCUUCAAGACAAUAUGGUGGCAUUAUUUGGUUGGAUGGAUAGAGAGUAUCUAUUCACUUCAGCUUCAACGUUGAUAUUGUUCAAUGCUUCUUUUGGUGUUCAUGAAGCAACCAGAGAUCAUUUGGAUCAUGCAUUGAUUUUGUUUACGAAAAUGAAAAGAUUGGGCAAUUAUCCUGCAGCUCUUAGACGUGCACAGUUGUUGAAAUUAAUCAAUGUGUUGGAUUUCAAUGGAGUCAUGGCAGAGUUAUUAGAAAAGCAUGAUGAUGACAAUAAUAAUAACAACAACAACACUAGCAGCAGAAGCAGUAGCAACAACAGCAAGACAUUGCCGGGAUCGGCAAUUACAAAUACCUCCGACAAUAACGUAGAGCCAUUUUUGAACCCACCACCUAUUAGACCAGGUGAUUUGGACUUUUUGCAAUUUACAAAUGUGCAAGGAAACGAAGGAACUGAUGGUAUGGAUGGUGUUUCUAAUGCUAAUGUUGGAGUGGUUGGUAUUGGCGAUGUUUAUGCCAAUCAAGAUUUGACUGGUAUUGAAGGUCUUACGUAUCUAGAUGCUGAACAAAAGUUAUGGAGUGAUAUUACGAAUGAGGCUGGUUGGUUAAAUAUGCAUUCUGCCGAAAAGGAUACCAAUAUAACGGAAAGAGAUCCAUUGGAUGAAGGCUUUAUAUUUAAUACUGCAUCGCCUGAUGUUGGCACUAGUGUCCAUUCAGGGUAUUCAAACUUGAUAAACCAUGAAUUUCAAGAUUUCAUGGAUCAAUCUUAG